ACCGUUGUGUGAGGCGGAGGGGGAAAGAUGGCGGCCGCGCGUGGGCUGCUGGCGGCGGGGCUGUUCCGCGGGCGGGUGGCCAUCGUCACCGGCGGCGGCACCGGCAUCGGCAAGGCCAUCGCCGCCGACCUGCUGGCCCUAGGUUGCAAUGUCGUUAUUGCCUCUCGUAAAUUGGACCGAAUAGAAGCUGCUGCAGAAGAACUGAAUAAAACAUUUUCUUCCAUGAGUCCUGCCAAAGUGACUCCCAUACAGUGCAAUAUCCGCAAUGAAGAUGAGGUAGAGGCUUUGGUGAAGUCUACACUGAGUCUUCAUGGAAAGAUUGACUUCCUGGUGAAUAAUGGAGGGGGACAAUUUGCAAGUCCUUCUGAAGCCAUCCGUGCAAAAGGCUGGCAUGCUGUGAUAGACACAAACUUGACAGGGACCUUCUACUGCUGCAAAGCAGUGUACAACGCCUGGAUGCAGGAACAUGGUGGUGUCAUUGUCAACAUUACUGCUGCUGUGAGAAAUGGGUUUCCUGGAAUGUCGCAUACAGGAGCUGCAAGAGCAGCAGUGAAUAACCUAACCAAGAGUUUAGCUUUAGAGUGGGCCCACAGCGGAGUAAGAAUCAACAGUGUUGCUCCUGGACUAGUAUUUUCAGAAACUGCUCUUGCCAACUAUGGAGAACAAGGACCAGUGAUGUGGUUAAACAGCAUACCAAAGAUUCCUGCCAAGAGGGCGGCAGUUCCUGAGGAGAUCUCUCCUGCAGUGUGUUUCCUGCUAUCUCCAGCUGCUUCGUUCAUAACUGGAAUAACCAUGAUUGUGGAUGGAGGCCAGAGUUUAUAUAGCCAUAACCUAGAAAUACCUGAUCAUGACAGAUGGCCCUCGCCACCAGAAGGAAAAAAUACUGAUGUGCUUAAAGAGUUUCUUUCUGGCAAGUUCAAGCCAAAGCUCUAGAAGAAUAGGAUUUCACCUUACUCCCAACUGUGCACUUGCUAAUAAUCUCACUUUGUGAUUAGUAUUCUCAGCAAUGUAAUUUCUUCUGUUCAUACAUAAAUACAGAGUGGCUCAAUUUUCACUGGUUUAUAUUUAAAAUUUGAGGAACUGUACAUAGUAUAUUUAUUCUCUGAAAACACUUGUUGGUCUGAAAACAUUCAGUCUGUUGAAAAGUUACAAAAGACAAACUUUCCAUUUGCAGAGGCAUUAAAUAAUGAAGAAUCUCAGUCAGAAGUGAAUAAAAAAUUACUUAUUUCAAGGUGAAGAUGGCAGAGAGGGAAGGUUUCAGAAUCCUAUUCUGGAUUAAUCUGGGGAAAAGUGAAUUUAAAUCUUUGUUCUUAUUACUUGAAUCAGUAACCCUUGAGGUGGCUGCUAGCUCUAGGCUUCUGUUCAGCCACACACUGAAUGUUCAGAAACUAUUUCAAAGCCUGAGUAGGUAUUUCUCUGAAAAGAGUUGAAAAAUAAGGCAGAAUACAAUUAUUAAUGUUUCAAAGUAAUAUGGCAUAUCAUAUUGGGGAUGUUUUGAAUUAUUUGCAGAUAUAAUGACAUAAUGGAGUUAAAGUGGCUGCAAUUUACAUUUGAUAGUAGAAUAAUCAGAUAAAUAAGCUUUAACAUACAGUGAUAGGAAACAGUAUAGAUUCAAUCACUGAGCAAGCAAAGGCUGUGGUGUAUAUUGCGGUGCUUUCUGUGCUGUGCUGUACUGGUAAAGGAGCAACUUUCUAUCUAUACUGUGUUGGAUUAAAGUGUUAACACAGGGGUUUUUUGCUAGUGUCUCUAAAAUACAUGUUUUGUGAUCAAUGCAGAGAUCUAUUUAAAAAUCAGAAAUCUUGCACUAUAUAUCUC